AUGAUGAUGGUGAUGGCCUAGAUUUGUAGGUAAAGGUAAAUAGCUUCGCGUGGCGGCGGUGCACAUCUCCGUCAUACUACCCCUGGACCCUGUGGUGGAGGGGACCCCAUUACCCGGGGACACAAGGCCAGGGGGACAUACGGGUUACCACGUGUACCUUAAAUCCCCCAGGUGUCCCCAGGUACCCCUAUUUAUCCCCCAGCCUGAAGGGAGGAUGAACAGCUGGGUGGGACGUACGCCGGAUUCGAACCCAGGUACGCGCAUUCUCUUUCCACAAUGGUAGGCGGAGGGAAGGACUACGUGGGUUCCCUCCUGUCCAACGUGCACGAAGGGCUUGAGUUACCUGAAGGAGCUAAGGAGGUGGUGCUGGUGAGGGGAGACUAUUUAUACUACCACUACGGCUGCGAUGGCUUUGACGACAGGGGAUGGGGGUGCGGCUACAGGACUCUCAUGACGGCGUGUUCAUGGGUCAGAGGUCAACUGCAGGGGGUCAAGGAAGAAUCUCAGCUGCCUCCCGUGCCCACUAACAGAAGGAUUCAGGAGAUAUUAGUGGAUAUUGGCGACAAGGAGGCCGGCUUCGUAGGCUCCCGGCAGUGGAUUGGAAGUUUGGAGGUUUCCUACGUCCUGGACACCCUGUAUGACAUCCCCAGCAAGAUCCUACACCUGGGUAAAGGGGAGGAACUCGAGGGACAGCUGAGCACCCUUGAGGAACACUUCAGGAGGAAAGGCGCCCCCGUGAUGAUGGGCGGAGAGACGGACGUGUCUUCCAAGGGCAUCAUGGGCGUGUGUAGAGGGGAAGAAGAUGCUUACCUACUCGUGGUGGACCCGCAUUUCUGGGGUCAAGCGACAGAGGGCAGGUCACUUCAGGUCAGUGGCUGGGUCAAAUGGCAGCCUCUGAGCGACUUCCAUCAGUCCACUUUCUAUAACCUGUGCCUGCCCCAACUCUCCGCCGCCCAGACUACGCAUUAACCCAAUAAAUGAAGACUUACCGGAA